UUCAAAGUGCGCUCGUGGAGUUUCCACGCCGCUUUCACGUCCUCUUCAGCUCUCUCCCCACCGGGUCAGUGACUAUGACUACUCCCCACGCAGCCAAACCUGAAGGACAGAACACGGUUGCGCGUGAAUGACUCACUAGAGACGAGCCAGCAUUAACGAGUCGCGUUACCUGAUCACUUACAAGCAGCGAAUGUAAUCUGCGCCACCGUCCCCAUGGAGAGAAGGAGCUGACUCACCAGAAGGACUCCUGACCCCUCAGAAGCCACGUUGUAACAAGUGAGCCCGGAGAACAACGUUCAUGUCUCCCGUGGAAGAACAAACCAUGUUUCGCCUGGUGGUCGUUUUCGCCGGCCUCGCUUCCACGUCGUCGUUGGCGGGUCGGACGGAACCAGGCGCGGGGUCCUGGUUCGUGGCCGCUGUGUACGAGCACAGCGUGGUCCUGAACCCGGAGCCCCGGGUCCCCCUGUCCCGCCCUGCGGCCCUGCAGCACAUGCACAACAACCUGCGAGUCUACGAACAGCAGGCGGCUCUGGCCGCUCAGCAGGGUGCCCAGAUCCUUGUGUUUCCAGAAGAUGGGCUUCAGGGCUUCAACUUCAGCCGUUCUUCCAUCUCUGGCUACCUAGAAACCAUCCCUGACCCCAAGCAGGAGAGCUGGAACCCCUGCACAGAGCCAGGCAAACACAACAACACCGAGGUUCUCCAGCGUUUGAGCUGCAUGGCCCGUCGUUACAACCUCUACCUUGUGGCCAACAUGGCAGACCUGCAGCUCUGCCCCCCGAAGACCGGACCCUCGUCCUGUCCAUCGGAUGGACGCUGGCAGUUCAAUACCAAUGUGGUUUUCAGGUCAGACGGCCUGCUGGUGGCCCGCUACCAUAAACACAACCUCUACUUCGAGGAGGCCUUCGACAAGCCGCCACGACCCGAGAUCACGACGUUUGAUACGCCUUUUGCUGGAACAUUUGGUCUCAUCACUUGCUUUGACAUCCUAUUCCAGGAGCCCACACUUACUCUGUUGGAGAAGGGUGUCCGUCAGAUGAUCUUCCCCACAGCCUGGAUGAACCAGCUCCCUCUCCUGGACACCAUCCAGUUCCAGAGGGCGUUCAGCUCCGGCGCUAACGUCACCCUGCUGGCGGCCAACAUUCGUAGUGACCGAUUGAUUAUGACAGGAAGUGGUAUCUACACCCCAACGUCUGCCACUUACCACCACGCCCAGAGGGGGGACCCAGAAGAGGGCAGGCUGCUGGUAGUCCGGGUGCCGGUCUUAGACCCUGUGCGGAUGGAGCACGGAGGCAUCACGGAGGAGGAGGUAGUUUGGGGUCAGUCCACAUCAUCUACAGCCUCUGGAUACUGUCACGAAGAAAACUGUUUUGAAACUGCGCCUCCUGAAACCCCUUCUUCAGUUCCUCCCUCCUCCUCCUCCACCACCUUCAUCUCAUCCAUGAUGUACGACCCAUACACCUUCGUCCUCCUGAACGAGACACAGGGCGAAGCGAGGGUCUGUAAUGGCACCUUUUGCUGUCGCCUGCAGUACUGGCGGUUAUCGCCGGGCGGCAGCAGAGAGCUCUACGCAUUGGGGGCGUUUGCCGGGACGCACACGGUGAACGGACGUUACGCCUUGCAGGUGUGCGCACUUGUCCGCUGUGCAGGGCUGGAGGUCACUUCCUGUGGACAGGAGGUGGAGGAGGCACAGUCCAAAAUGGACUUCCUGUUGGAGGGAUGGUUUGGGACCAGAUAUGUGUACCCUUCGGUUUUGGUCAACGGACUCGUCCUGGAGCAGCCGGAGCAUCUGGAAACCUCUGCGGAUGGAAGAGUGACAAUGAAACACUCAAAGAUGACGGAUGGGCUCGUCACUGCCUGUCUGUACGGACGGAUGUAUCACCUGGACCAGGAAUGAUCUGUUAACAGACGUUUUAAAACAAAUCUUCUGCUAAAGACAAGUUAGGGGUUGGACAUUUCUCUUCUUUCAAAUACAAACCGCUAUGAAUCUAAAACAAAUCCCUUUAUUUGAUCAUUACUUUAUCUUUACAAACAUCACCAGUAGCAUCCAUCCUCCACAUGAAAGCUGCUUUUUCCUUUAAAAAAAGGCGAUAUUUAUCAAUCACACACACACAGUGUCAGCCACUUUCCCCAGUCGUGUGUGCAGUACACAGUCAGAGUAGUUACAGCAUUUCUAGUUAAAGGUUCCUUAAGCAGCUCAUUCAGGUCAUUUAUCCAAUCAUAAAGUACACAGGUCUGACAGUUACCUGCUGUCCUAAUCGGUUCCCGUGGGUUCAGUCUCCACUUGGAAUAAAUUCACAAGAUUAAAUAAUGGCUUCCUCUCCAAGGAAUUAAAAAGUGGCUAACACUGAUGCAGCAUUAGCAAUGUGCGUAUGUGACCGCCAUCAGUGAAAACUUAAGUAUAGGGAAAACAGCUCCUACUGGUCCCAUACCAUUAUCCACCAUUCUUUUCUUGAUACAACAGUGACCAAAAAAGUCCUAUUGAGCGUUUCUCUCGUAGAUGCUCUUUUAGUGUUUGUGAAAAGGAAAAACUGUUAAAAGGCUUAAAACCACUACAAAGAGUAGGUACUUGGUUUAAAAAAGGAAAACAUUGCUUGAAAAUUAAAUACACCGGCCAUGUUACUGACCAUACAGUGAUGUUGUACAUAAUAAAUAUGAUAAACAGUG